AUGGUCACGUGGCCACUGAUUGUUGAACAAUUUUUAAACGAGAAGUUGGUGGUGGAGGUGCUUGGAAUUGGAGUGAGCCUAGGGUUGAAGAUGUCUAUUAAUUGGGAUGGUGAAGACAAAAAUGAUGUGGUUAUGGUGAAGAAUGAAGAGAUAAAGGAAGCCAUAGAUAAAAUAAUGGAUGAAGGGGGGAUAGAGAUAAGGAGGAAAGUAAGAGAGUUGGGAGAAAUGGCAAAGAAGGCAGUCCAAAAAGGGGGUUCUUCUCAACUAAACUUGAUUUCUUUAGUCCAAAAUGUUUCAUCAUUUGCACAACCAUGA